ACUUAAAUGAUAUGUAUGUAAAUGUUCCGAAAUUUCGAACAGCUCACCCGGCAGUAGAAGCUCCGGCUUCCAUCCCGGGUUUCCAUUCAGAUCUCUGAAUUCGAUCUGGAAAAUGGGAGGAAAGAAGGGCAAGUUCAUGUCUCUACCCGUUCUUACCGUCAUCUUCAUGAUGUUCUACGUCUAUUGCGCCACGGUGUUCGUGCUCUUGCAAGAUUGGCUUUCCUUGAAUUCUUCUUUAGGGUUAACGAACGCGAUUAUCUUUAGUUUUCUCACAUUUAUGUGCCUUAUUGCGUUCUUGGCGUCGGUCUUCAUCGAUCCCGGCGGUGUGCCCUCUUCUUUCGCCCCUGAGAUGGAAAACCCUCAAACGGACAAGGGUAAAUCUCAAUAUUGUGACAAGUGCUGUGCUUAUAAGCCACCCCGUGCACAUCAUUGCAGGGUUUGCAGAAGGUGUGUUCUGAAAAUGGAUCAUCACUGUUCUUGGAUUGGUAAUUGUGUGGGAUAUGCAAAUUAUAAGUCCUUUAUUGGCUGCAUCUUUUAUGGCUCAGCUGCGUCCAUCUAUUCUACGGUAAUUUUCUUUUGUGAUACACUCCACAAGAAACAUGGCUUCAGAAGUAUGGUUUGGAAGCUCUUCAAUGUUCUGAGUGGUUUAGCAUUGGUUCUCUUAAGCAUAACCAUCAGCAGUCUCUUUGCCUGGCACAUCUAUCUCCUAUCAAAAAAUCUUACUACCAUAGAGUAUCGAGAGGCGGCGCGGGCCGUCUGGCUAGCCAAGAAGUGCGGUCAAAAUUAUCGGCAUCCUUUCGACCUCGGUGUAUAUAGUAAUCUUAAAUCGAAUCUGGGUUCGAAUUUGCUGAAAUGGUUUUGUCCUCUGGCUGUUGGGCAUGUGAAUGCUGGCACCCAUUUUCCAAUUUCAAAUGAUUAGAUGAUAUACUGCUCCGAUUCUUUUUCUGGAUCUUGCAUUUUAUGCUUAUGGAGCUUUUCACUGAAAAUAAGGUUUCAUGUUUGGCAGUCUGACCUGAUUCUUAGGUGCCUAAGUAAAUACAAGACAGCUAUCCGUACAGUGCAAUCUUUUUUUUUUUUUUUUGAAGGGGCCACAGCCACAGCAGUUUAAAUUCUUUGAAUGAAUUUCAUACAUGGCACUUGGAAUAUUAUUAUUUAUAAAUCUAACACCCUCUUUCAUAAAUUUUUUAAGUUCUCUGAAACAUCAAUAAUUCAUGUCAAGGUCAAUAGUUUGAUCUUGGCAUCCUUAAAUGCAUUGAUUCAGUGGUUAAAAAAAAAAAAAAAAAAA